AUGCCUCCGAAGCGCAAGAAGCCCAAGACGAACACCGAUGCAUCCGUCGAAACUCCAGAAGUAGCCGCGCAACACCAACUCAACGAAGAAACGAGCGAACCCAACCCAACCCCAGCCUUCUCGAAUAGCAACGACACUCCCACCAAAUCCUCGCCAGCACCCAGCAGAUCAAGCUGGUCAUGGCGCCCAAAAGCCUCUCCCACUGCCCAAAUCGCGCGUGAGAGCAUUUCCGUUGCUCAAGGCGCCACUUCGGAGUCCUCGGAGUCCACCCGACCUCCCAAUUCAGUUAGCAAGAGCGUUCGCGGGAGUAGGAAGAGUAUACCGCUUGUCGCCGAGGCGACGAAAGUGCAUGCGACGGGCCAAGCGAGUAAAGACAAGGCAUUGGCGGGGGAGAAGGCGAAGGAAGUUGACAAAGGGGAUGGAGGUGAUGGGCAGGAGCUGGUUGUUGAGGAUGCAAAGCUGCCGCCCGACCCCGUGGUUGCUGCUGACAACGAUCAGGCUGCGCGCGUGGCUGCGCGAAGCUCGUGGUUUGGCUGGUGGAGCAGGCCGGAUGGUUAUGCGAGCGAUGGAGAGACGCGGGAGGUGAAGAAGCAGAAAUUAGACGCUGCGGAGGAUGAACAAGCGGCGAGCAGUACGCCGUUACCUGGGACUACCCCGACCGAUGAGGGGACGAGUUUCGGAGUCAGGAAUGCGCUGGAUUUCGAGGGUGUGGGUGGUGGAAAGGGACAGAUGCGGAGUGAAGACGUUCCGCAUGAAUCAGCCGUGGACCAGCGUGGAUCAAAGUCUUGGUUUGGCUUGUGGAGUAUGGCGCAGAACCAAAAGGCUACGACCGAUGAGCAGUCGAGCACAACACCAUCGAAAGCUGCGCCGGUAGUCACAGUGACGACUGAGCCGUCCAAUGUGGAAGAUACAAUGAAGGACGAUGAUCCUCCGUCAGUGACCGCUACAGUGCCAAACACAGAUCCACCCAAGUCUUCCGCCUGGGCCUUCUGGUCUGGAGACAAAGCCAAGGAUGCAGCUCCCACCCCUGGAGGCAUGCAGAAGCAGGUCGGCGAGCUAGCAGUAGCCGGCACGCCGUCACAGUCGAACCCUGAAGCAGCGCAGUUCAACGAACAACGCGAACAACGCGAACAACAGAAGGCGAAGCCCGAGGUGUCCGGUUCGCUGCUGAAGCCUAAACGUGGAAGAGCGGACGAAGUCAAGACUGCUUCGGCACAGUCUUCACCCACCCCUUCGGCUGAACAAUCGCCUGCCCCGAGCACCAAAUCUCUCGUCUCGAGCACUCCUACAACGGCAGACGUGACACAGCCGUCGAAAAGGGCGAAAACUUCCACCCGACGGCCUAACUGGACGCUCCCGUCUUUCCGUGAAACAUUUGCCCCUGCUACAAACCCAGGUUACAUGGACCGACUGACUAAUUACCUCGCUCAAACACUGCAUCUUCCCUCUGGACAAACUACAACAGCCCCUCAACAUGUUUUCAUUUCUACAACCCCACCACGGAUCAAGAGCGCAGUCGCAAUCGGCAUCCACGGCUUCUUCCCCGGCGCCCUUCUGCAAAAAGUCUUGGGCCAGCCCACCGGGACCUCGAUCCGCUUCGCCAACCACGCCGCCGCAGCCAUCAAGACUUGGUGCGAAGCCCACCAACCCGACAUCCACGAUGUGGAAAUCGAAACUGUUGCCCUUGAAGGUGAAGGCUAUAUCGCGGACCGAGUCAACACGCUUUGGAAGUUACUGCUCAACUGGCUCUCGCAGCUCCGCAGCGCUGACUUCAUCCUCGUUGCGUGUCACAGCCAAGGCGUCCCCGUGGCCGUCAUGCUCGUCGCAAAACUCAUCCACCUCGGCUGUCUAGCCCCGCACGUCCGCGUGGGAAUCUGCGCAAUGGCAGGCAUCAGCCUCGGACCGUUCCUAGAGUACAAAUCGCGGUUCUUCGGCGGCAGCGCAUUGGAGCUCUUCGAAUUCUCCGACUCCAGCUCUGCCGUCUCGAAAUCGUACGCCGCCAGUCUGGACACCUGCCUCCGGCACGGCGUCCGCUUGACGCUCGUAGGCAGUCUAGACGACCAGCUCGUCUCGCUCGAGUCCUCGCUCCACGCACCCCUCACCCAUCCAUACGUCGCACGAGCCGUCUUCGUCGAUGGUCGCAUUCAUGCGCCGAACUUCCUUACGCACCUGGUUGUGCUGGCGCUCAAACUCCGCAAUUUGGGUCUGAGCGACCAUGGGCUUUUGCGGGAGUUGUCCGGCCCCUUGGCUGGGAGUUUGGUGGGCGGAGACGGGCAUAGUCGGAUCUACGACGAGGCGGAUGUGUAUCAACUGGCUGUGGAGUUCGCGAUGGAGAGUACUGACGUAGUGGCUUCGUCUUCCUCGUCGUCGGAAGCGCUGGCGGCGCUGGCGGGUUCCGCUCGUCGGGCAUCCGGCGCGCUGUCGACUUCUUCUUCCGUGGGGAUCGCGCCUCGUAUUGCGGCUUAUGAACCACCGCCGGCUGGCGCGACGCCUAACCCCUUUUACCUCCCUUGGGCAGUGCGCGGAAUGCUGGAGGAGGAGGUGGUGAAGACGGAUGCGAAGCUGCGGGAGGAGGUGGAGGUUUUGGUGCGGGAGUUUGAGGAGUGGAGGCCGAGUUCGAAGGUGUUGAGGGAUGUGAGGUGGCGGUUGGAGGGGGUGAGGAAGAUGCAUUGA